AUGGCCUCUUCCUUGGGCCACCUCGCCACCCUCCUUGCCCACCUAGGGGCCGCCGAGGCCGCCGCCACCGGCCCCGUGUCCUCCAGCGAGGUUGUCCCCGCGGGCUGGAACCUCUGCACCAUCGUCGGGGUGUUGCUGGGCUACCCGGCGGCGUACACCUUCUCCGUGGAGGAGAGCGCCGAGAACUGCCUGGCGCUGACACCGCUGAGGGUGUUCACAGUCCAGGCCUCCUGCCCCAGGAUAAGGGAUGGUCUCAGGGUCCAGAUCUACUCCUUCAGCAUCCCGGAGAGCCUCUGCGCGGAGCUGAAGGAGGUGCCGGACGCCUGGUGCGAUGAGCUGAAGGAGGCCUUCAGUGUGCAGAAUGACUUUGUAGAUCUCUGCAUUUUGAGCGAGGUGGUGUCUCUUCCAGCGGUUGCCUUGUAAAACUCAAACUCAGACUUUUUGGCCUAUUUCUCACUUGCAUCAGGGACUGAAGCGAGAGAUCCGGUUCCUGUACGUGCAGCCCACUGAGGCUCUCAAGAGGUCCGUGAGCAACAAAGGCUGAAAAUGGACUAUCUCGUGCCCCUGGCCUCAUAGGCCAGUUGCAAAUCAAAUACCUGUACUUCCCGGAAGACCAGUGUGUGGAUGUACGCUCUCGCAGCUGGUCUGCAGUCUCCAUCCGGACUACGGAGUGUGCCCUGUAAAGUCAGGGUAUAUUUAUUUGCUGCGAACAGCUGAGGAUUAAUA